AUGAGUUUAUUAUUAUCCAACCCGUUAUGUGAGUCGAUUAAUUUCAGGACAACCACCUGCUUUGCGAGUAGCCCGGAGUUGCCACAUUUGAACCAUCAUGGUCGCAAGAAGAUUCUUGAUGAUCCAAUAGAGGUGACUGAAUCCCCCAAAGGUUAUGAUCCAACAGAGUUGACUGAAUCCCCAAAAGUUGAUGAUCCAAUAGUGGUGACUGAAUCUCCUCAAAUUCCAAUUUGGGUUAGUAUUUCAGAAAAUGAGGAUGAUUUUGUGCUCCCUUCGUUAUCUUACUGGUUCGAUAAUUAUAAACGAAAUGAGGCCAAAGGAUACGAUGAAAGCACGGUAAGUAGCAAGUCCGAGAUCGAUGCAAAAAAGAUAACCAAAGUUCUGGGGAAGCUUUUCGAAUCACUUGAUUCUGUUGUACAAGCUUUAAACGACUCUGAUGUAACUCCAUCGGAAAGUUUAGUUGCUCAAAUGCUGAAAAGAUUCGAUAAUAACUGGAAAUCUGCUUAUGGUGUCUUUAUUUGGGCUGAAUCACACAUGGGUUCCAAGUUUUCACCGGCAAUGUAUGAUCUUUUGGUUGAUUGUUUGGGGAAAUCGAAGAAGUUUGAUCUUAUGUGGCAAGUAGUGGAACAGAUGGUCGUUAUUGGAGAGAAUUAUGUUACAAUAAACACUAUGGCAAAGGUCAUAAGAAGGCUUGGAAAGGCUGGAAUGCAUGAAGACUCCAUAGAUGCAUUUCGUAGAAUUGAGCAAUUUGGGGUUAAGCGUGAUCUUAUGGCGUUGAAUGUAAUGAUCGAUUCAUUAGCGAAAGAAAAGAACGUUGAACGUGCCAAUGAGAUAUAUCUCGAGUUCAAGAAUGAAAUACCUCCAAACUCUCAUACUUUUAAUUCGUUGAUUCAUGGCUGGUCGAAAGCUCGGCAACUCGGAAAAGCACAAACCACUAUGGACGAUAUGAAGGAACGUGGGAUUUCUCCUGAUGUUAUUUCUUAUACAACUUUAAUCGAAGCCUACUGUCGCGAAAAAGAUUUCCGAAAAGUUGAUCAGCUUCUUGAGGAAAUGCAAGAAAAAGGGUGCCCUCCGAAUAUAAUCACUUACACGAUCGUGAUGCAUGCACUCGGGAAAUCAAAAGAAAUCGACGAAGCUUUAAAGGUUUACGACAAAAUGAAGGCAAGUGGGUGUGUCCUCGAUACAUCGUUCUACAGUUCUUUAAUUUACAUCUUAUCUAAAGCGGGUCGUUUAAAGGACGCCCGGGAAGUGUUUGAUGAAAUGCCUGAACAAGGAAUCAAACGCAACACCCAAACCUAUAACACCAUGAUCACUAGCGUUUGUAAACACACCCAAGAAGAGGAAGCGCUUAAGCUGCUACACGAAAUGGAAACGGAAGGUGUAAAACCCGAUUUUGACACGUACGCGCCAUUGUUGAAGAUGUGUUGCAAAUUGAAACGAAUGAAGGUUCUUUCUUUCUUGUUGACCCAUAUGUCGGAUAAUAACGUGAGCGUGGGUCUCGGGACUUACAGUCUUUUGGUUCGUGGGUUAUGCAUGAACGGGAAACUAAAACAUGCUUGCUCGUUUUUGGAGGAUGCAGUGAUGAAAGGGUUCAUACCGUAUGAUACGAUGUUUACGAUGCUAGAAACCGAGCUUGAGAAAGAGGGUAUGAGUGAAGAAAAGAAGAGGAUUCAAGAACUGAAGCUAAUCCAACCAACACCUGCUGAAACUUGAGAUUCGAAAAUAGGACCGCUCAAAGCGGUUGAACCAAGUUAUCCUGUAACAAUUACCCUUACUCAAUACCAAUCUAUUAGAUG